CUAACAAAUCCCUAACCUAAUAACACAGACGGCAGAAGUACACUCUUGUAUACUAAGUACAGUAAUUGAAGCGAUCUACAUAUAUUUUUAGGUAUUCUAGGAUUUUCUCAAGCACCGAACAGCCCCUUGCUUCUCGAAGCUAUGGCAGCAAGGAAAAAUCGAGAAAAGGGUAUACUUAUGAGGUGCGAAAUUGAAAGUUUGGCGCGGGAAUUUUAUCUCUACUGUGAUUUGAGUUUAAUCUAACAAGGUGUUUUUCGUGCCAGAAAAUGUGUUUCUUGUUUAUGAAGUGAGUUAUCUUAUGUAGGCAAAGCAAAAUGAUGAGAUUUAUUUGAUCUGAAUAAUGUUUGUGUGGAAUCCCACAUCACUAUUAGCCUUCAAAGUUCUCUGAUUGCUUAGCCUUUACUGGUGAUUCUUGUUUCUGCUUCUGUAGAAUUCUGGGUUUUGAAUAUUUCUACUUGUUAUUGAUGAUGGAAUGCUGUUUUUAGGCUUUCAUUUGGUUAGUGCUGUAGGUGAUUCCAGUGACUUGGUUGUUGAUAGUUUGCUUCCUGAUAUUGGCUUAACUGUUACAAAGCAAAAUGAUGAGUUUGUAGUGACUGAAUUUGAUGUGGAACCCCAUAUCAUCAUAUUGGUCUUCAAAGUUCUCUGAUUGCUUUGCCACUCAGUCCCAUAAGUUUGCAGGAGCCUAAGAAGCCAACUCUAGCUAAAGUUGCUCAUCCCUGUAAUUUUUGAAAAAAGAGAUCUUUUUCCUGUUUGGAUUUCAUAUCUUAAAGUUGCUAUUCACCAUUUUGAAUUCCUUGAAUUUGCUUAAAUAGAGUCCUAAAUGUAAUGAUUGUAGGAUUAACUAGGGCCUGUGCAUUGCUAGGUGGGCUUUGAUCAAUUGUAGUUGUAUGGAGAAACUUGAGGAAAAGCAAGCACCAAAAUUCAUAGUCUGUUUAUGGAUGUCAUUUUUCAGGCUAUACGAGCAUGGUGCAAUAGAAAUAUUUCUUUUUUGUGUGUUAUUGCUGGACUCAGGUUGUAAUAUCACUAGUGCAGCAAGAACUGGGAAGAAGACAUUGUUGUUUAGUGAUUAUAAUUAAAUUCUAAUUACAUGA